AUGAUGGUCAAGGUGCGCCACGUGCUGGCUGCGGCCGUAUUAAUCCCCGCCGUCAUUUUAUCCGCCGACGCGCCUUACUACCUACAAGAUACUCCUACCCAUGAUGUGCUGAAAAGGGCAUAUGCGGUGGCAACGGUAGGGCUUCUGCGACACUGCGUGAAGGUUUCGAAAUACAUCGAGGAAUCGGCUCCGGCUACGCUCAACAGGAGAGAUACUAGUAGUGUCGAAUCCAUGGCCAAUGAUGUGAAUCGUGCGAUAUUAAAUGUGGCUGCUAUGUUUGGUGUAACCGAGUACGACCUUCACCUCGGGAACAAUACAGUAUCGGACAUGGAGGUGGUGCUCAAGGGAAAGGAGUUGCCAGCACACGUCGACUUCAAAACUAUCUACGAACAAGUGAAAUCUGUGCUAGACCGCUGUAAAAUUUUCAGCAACUUUAUGGAGAAGUUAUUGAGAAGGAAGAAUGAAGAAGGCGACUUCAAACUCGACCACGAAGAUAUUGAUGAUAGAAUACUCAUCGAAUUCCCCAAGAUUUGGAUAGGGCCGCUGCAUAUGGUAUACAAAAGCUUGAACUUAAAUAGUAGGUCAAUUGAACCAGGAGAGAUACUUGGAGCCCGGUUGCAACUAUGGGGAGCAGAAGAAUUUAAAUCCACGUUCUCUGCUAUUGAAAGGGUGAUAGAAGACGUUUCCUUCUACUACCCGCAACUCUUCCAGAAACGCGCGAAUGAGCUAAUCCAAAAAAUGUGGGAUGAAAUACUGGCCAACAAAAAUGAAGAAAACAGCGAGGCAAUCGAUGCGCUCUAUAAGCUCUCCACUAUGAAUGAACAUUUCCGCAUCGUCUCUUGA